AUUCGUUAUGUUUUUGUGUUAUCUAUUAGGUACAUACAUAACGGUAUUACAAACCGUUAAGCGGACCGUUAUCUAUGUGCGUAUUUUUGAACUCUUACAUAACGAUUAUUGAAACCGUUAAGACAAAGUGUUAUGUAUGCGAUUAUUUCAUUUAAUUUUUUAUUUUCAUAAUUAAUUUAUUAAUUAAAUAAUUUAAAAAUAUUGUAAAAUUGUACUAUCUCUCAAACUCGAUUCUCCUCCCCAAAUCUCUCUCUCUCUUCGCGAUCUCUCCCUCUUUGAGAGAUAGUCGCCGCCGUGCCGAGGCAAGUUCCGGCGAAUGGUAGCUGUUCGCCCUCUUCCGGCGACAUCGGUCGCCGCGACCUCGCCUCUCCAUUUUCCUCUAACAUAUAGCUAGGGCAAAGGUCGAGCCCUAGUUCUUCUCUGUUCGGUACAACCCAGUUGUCGCCAUCUCAGGGAGAUCGGCGAGCUGCGCGACCUAGAACCCGCCCAUCGUUGCUGGUGGUCCGAGGAUCGGCGAGCCGAUGGUGUUCUACGGCCGGUUCUCUUCUCAACUCCACACAAUCGAGGCAGGAAAGGGGGAAAGCCCUAAUUCUCCUCUCAUCCUCUAUCUGUCGUUUCGGCCGUGAGCUUUCGGUGAGGCCACCGCUGGUAAGCUUUCCCUUUCUAUGUCGUCUCUCAUUUUUCCCAAUUCCCACUGGAAAACAAAAGCCCUAAUUUUUUUUAAGAAAUCCCCAAAUUUUCAGAUUCGGUCAACCUCUCCUCCGAUUCCACAGUUCACCGUCGAUUUAGAAUAGGUGUAAGUGACUGGCUCCAACUAUAUGGAUGUCCCAAUGGCAAAGAAAUUGCUAAUUUCUUCAAAUUGAUUGAUGCCAAUGACAACUUACUUUGUUCAUUAAAGUUUGGUGGAUACCUGCAUCUGUUUUUGAAGUAUUUUAGAUCUGUUUGGAUUAUUUUUCAGAUUGGUGAUGGGUUGGUUGAGAUUUUCUGAAGCUGGGAGAAAAAUUGAUUGGGGAACAGGUUGGGUGGAGUCGGAGGAGAUGGGAGAAGGAUGCAGAUUGCUCAUGGAUUUGGGGCGUCCAUGGCUGAACCGUGGUUGGCUGCUCAUGAAGAUUUAUCUAGCUCCUAACCCAAAUAUGCCUCGCAAUAUCGACCCUUAUACUUCACGCCGCAGAGCAUGGCAAGCCCAUCGAGAAGCUCUUCUACAGCCUGCAGAAUUUACAGAGCCAAGAUAAUGGAAAUGCCGCUGUUUUGGAGAUGCUGACAGUCUUGCCUGAAAUCAUUGAAGAUCAAAAUGGUGAUUUCCGUGUAACCUCUGCUCGACGUAAAGACUUCUUGCACAAACUCCUACGGUGCUGGAGUUUCUAAUGCAGCAGAUUGGUGAGGGUGUUGGGAACAACGUCCAACAUCAUGACAGGAACAGAAAGAUAUUACGUUGUUUGCUGAGCUGGACUUUGGAUAUUCUCCUGCAAAUUCUUGUUGUCUUCCCAAAGGUAGAACCCCUGCGAAGUAAGGUUACCUCUUUCAUUCAUCGUAUGGUGGACACUCUAGGACCUUCAAUAUUUCCUUAUCUUCCGAAUGCACUGGGCCAGUUGCUAAUAGAAAGUGAGCAACAUCUUCAGCUAAAUGGGCUGAGUGCAUGUUUGAUCAUCAGGCUUGUAUGGUUUAGAUACACUUCUAUUGUAUGGAAACUAUACUUUCGACCAAGUAUAUGGUCAUAUGUUUUCCUCAGCCUCAUUAAGUACUUAUUGAGAGGGAUGAGAGGCGUGGCGCUUUGCUUGAUUCUGUUGUUUGAAUCGCUGCUUGGCUUCCUGGGCUUGCUGUGCUCGACGGUGGUGCCCACCGCGGGCGGAUUGAGCAGCAGGGACUGGAUUAGCUGGGCAUUCGUGUUUCAGGCCGUCGUAUACACGGGGUUUAUGAUGAUUCUGUUGCUCUACAGUGUGGCGGCUACUGCUGUGCUGUUUAUGUAUUGCAAGGCUUUGCAGGGGGAGCUUGCCUUUGAGAUUGCGGAGGAGUUCGCGCAGGAGUAUAUCCGGCUGCCUUUCGAUGAUGGGAAGCUUUCCCACGCUGUCUACGUCGUGUAGCUGAGGUUUGCAGCUUAAACCUUGUGAAAUUUUCCUGCUUAUGACCUUGCUAUAUCGUUGGUUUACAAUGCUUCUUCAUAUGCUGUUAGAGGUGUAUCUUGUGUAGUUGUGGGGUUGUACAGGAGAUGUAGACUUGUGAUAAUAAAAAAAAUGAUCUUUUUGAAUGAGACUGCCUUUUUUGAAGCUUCUUAGACUUGAGAUGGCAAUGGAUUCAUCUUUUUGGAAGAUAGGAAGACUAAGUGAGGUUUUGCUGUUGGAUUUGUGUGUGUGUUUGCAGGGUUUAUCACUCAACUACUGCAAUCUUAUUAUGGUAUGUUUGUGAUGUUAAUACUUGCAAGGCAAUAUUUGAUUAUGAGAGUUCUGAUAAAUGAAACUAGUAAGUAAACUUCAUUAGCAUCAUCAAGGUUUAAUGUUCAUCGCUCGUCGCUGGAUUUUUUGCCACCUUAUAUUUCAUGGCUAGCUUGAACCUUAUGUAGUUAAUUGCUCAGUGCAUGCUUCUAUUUCAAUUACCAGGUGAAACUCUUACGCAUGUUUAUAUUUCAAUGGAAGCAUCACUUUCAUCUCCAUCAUUGCAGCUAUCAUCUCAUAUUUAUUUGUUGGCUGCUUCUCUAUCAUCUGCUUUUCCUCUCAUCUCUUUCCUGGAAGAUCUUAUACUCUUGUGAAAAAAAAGGAAAGAAAUAAUUAAUGCAGGGAGUAGUGCUACUAUUAAGUGCAGCUGUGAGCCAUUUGUGAC